UAGAAGAGGGAAGGAAGAGGUAGAAUGGGAUAAAUUAUCUCACAUGAAGAGGCUCAAAAGAGCUAUGAGUGGAGGGAAAGAUAAACACGGAAGAGGGAGAGGUGAGCAAUGUUUGAUCCUUACUCUCAUUAGAUUUGUAUCAUAGGAAAAACAUAUAUGGUGAAAUGGGUAUGAAAAUCUAUCUUACACUAUAAGGAAGUAGGAGGUCAGAAGGAUCAAGAGAAGGGAAGACUGAUAGAAGGGAGGGUGAAUUGGGAGAGACUGGUCUGAAGCAAAACAUGGUUGAAGAGGGACAGGGUGAAAUGAGAGAAAGAAAAAGAAGGAUCAACAGGCAGAAAUAGGAUGGAGGGAAAUACACAGUAAUCAAAACUGUGAAUGUGAAUGGGAUGAAUUCACCCAUAAAAAAGAAGCAAAUAUCAGAGUGGAUUAAAAACCAGAAUCCUACAAUAUGUUGUUUAUAAGAAACAAUUUGAAGUAGAGAGGCACAUAAAGAGUAAAGGUGGUGACACUCCCCUUUCCCUUUCCGGUGUUGGUGGCCCAAGUGAAGGAGCAGAAAUGGCACCUCGCAAGGGGAAGGAAAAGGAGAAAGAGCAGGUCAUCAGCCUUGGACUUCAGGUUGCAGAGGGAGAGAAUGUAUUUGGUGUCUGUCAUAUUUUUGCUUCCUUCAAUGACACCUUUGUCCAUGUGACUGAUCUCUCUGGCAAAGAAACCAUCUGCCGAGGAACUGGUGGGAUGAAGGUCAAGGCUGACAGAGAUGAAUCUUCUCCCUAUGCUGCUAUGUUGGCUACUCAGGACGUUGUCCAGAGAUGUAAAGAACUAGGCAUCACUGCCCUUCACAUCAAACUUUGGGCCACAGGGGGAAAUAGGACUAAGACACCUGGCCCUGGUGCACAGUCAGCCCUGAGAGCCCUGGCACGUUCUGGAAUAAAGAUCAGGCGGAUUGAGGAUGUCACUCCAAUCCCCUCUGACAGCACUCGCAGAAAGGGUGGUUACCGUGGUCGCCAUCUGUGA